ACAUCAUUGUUCUCAUCGCUUCAAUAGCAGUUGUUUCUGCAAAAACUCAGGGUAACAUUUUUGCAACAUCAGCACUGAGAAGUCUUCGUUUCCUACAGAUCCUUCGUAUGGUGCGCAUGGACCGAAGAGGAGGCACUUGGAAAUUAUUAGGUUCAGUAGUUUAUGCACAUAGCAAGGAAUUAAUCACAGCUUGGUACAUAGGAUUUUUAGUACUCAUCUUUUCAUCUUUCCUGGUUUAUCUGGUGGAAAAAGAUGCAAAUAACCAAUUCUCCACAUAUGCAGAUGCUCUCUGGUGGGGCACAAUCACAUUGACAACCAUUGGCUAUGGAGACAAAACUCCUCUUACUUGGCUUGGAAGGUUGCUUUCUGCAGGAUUUGCUUUACUUGGCAUUUCUUUCUUUGCACUACCUGCUGGCAUCCUUGGCUCAGGAUUCGCAUUAAAAGUGCAGGAACAGCAUCGUCAGAAACACUUUGAGAAAAGAAGGAAUCCAGCUGCCAGUCUAAUUCAGUGUGUAUGGCGUAGUUAUGCGGCUGAUGAGAAAUCGGUUUCCAUUGCUACCUGGAAGCCUCAUUUGAAGGCCUUGCAUACCUGCAGCCCUACAAAAAAAGAACAAGGGGAAGCUUCUAGCAGUCAAAAGCUAAGUUUUAAGGAGCGGGUCCGGAUGGCCAGCCCACGAGGUCAAAGUAUAAAGAACAGGCAGUCUUCAGUUGGAGAUCGCCGGUCACCAAGUGCUGACAUUGCCACCGAGGGCAGCCCAACCAAAGUCCAGAAGAGCUGGAGCUUCAACGACCGAACCCGCUUCAGGCCCUCACUGCGGCUGAAGAGCUCGCAGCCCAAACCCGUGGUCGACGCUGACACCAGUCUUGGAACGGAUGAUGUUUAUGACGAUAAAGGGUGCCAGUGUGAUGUGUCAGUAGAAGAUCUUACCCCUGCUCUUAAAACUGUCAUCAGAGCAAUCAGAAUCAUGAAAUUUCAUGUUGCAAAGAGAAAGUUUAAGGAAACACUUCGUCCAUAUGAUGUCAAAGAUGUCAUUGAACAGUAUUCAGCAGGUCAUCUGGACAUGUUAUGCAGGAUUAAGAGUCUUCAGUCCCG